CUUAUAAUCCAGAUUUUACACGUAUACAUAUGUACAAAUAUACGUGAAUUAUAUAGAACUGCCAUGCACAUGCUGAUAAAUAACAUCACUCGUAGAGUAAAUGUUUCGAUAUUUUUUAAUUAAAUUAAAAAUUCGAUACAGAUAAGAAUUUUAUCAAUUAAAUAGCAUUAUAUUUUAUCUCAGUGUAAUUAUAUUAAUAUAUUAGUACCUCUAAUUAAGCAGUUUUUUUUUUUAAAUAAUGACAGACUCUGCAAGUGAAAAUAAUUUUUAUAUUCUUGAAGGACGAUCAAAACGAUCUUCAAGUUGGAAUCAAGAUGUAGAAGUUGCAAAUCAUGACCUUACACACCGCAGAGCAUCAGAACAACGUUUUUGUUCCAAACAUACUCGACAUUUACCAUCACGAACACUUGCAUUUCUAAGUAAUACCGAAAAUUCGAAACUUCAUUUAGUUCAACCUUAUAAAACAUUACGUUUAAUAAAAGAUGAUCAAUUACAAAUUGACAAACAUGUUGAGAAUAUAGCUAAUCAUAUUGAACUUCAAGAAGAAUUGAUGCACGAUGAUCCUCUAUCUGAAAUGCGACGUAUUGAGGCACUCAGAGAUAUGCCAGAAUGUUUAACGGUAAAAAGAUCUAUAAAAGCUAAAUUAAGUCAAUCUAUUCAUUUUAAAUCCAGAAAAAAGGUUUUAAGUAGAUGGAAAAGAUUCAAGUAUACUUUCAGUAUUUUUUUUAUAAAGGUUAUGAUUGGUUUUAAAAAUUUUUUAUCUAAUUUUGAAAUAUGGUAUAAUUCAAUAAAAUCGAUUGAGGGUCAUUUUGGAAGUGGUGUUGCGACAUAUUUUAAAUUUUUGAGAUGGUUAUUUUUGCUUAAUGUAAUAAGCUGUUUUUUAAGCUUGUUGUUCAUUAUUAUACCUCAGUCAAUGAUAGAGGCUUUUUCAGCUCCUUUGGUAUUUAAUUUUGAUGAUUUAUUUAUAGGACAAGGUUUUAUGAAUAAUACAAUUUUGUAUUAUGGAUUUUAUUCUAAUCAUUCAUUAGAAAUAAUAUCUGGCUAUAAAUAUAACGUACCAUCAGCUUAUAUUAUUACGAUGUUAUGUUGUUAUUUAUUAAUAUUCAUUCUUUUAUCAAUAAAAGUUUCAAAGUCAUACAGAAAAUGUUUUAUUGAAACAUCCGGUGGAAUACAUAAUUUAUAUGCAAAUAAAAUAUUUUGUGGUUGGGAUUAUAAUAUAACAUCAUACAAAGCCGCAAGCUUACGUUCUUCUUCAAUUUAUCGAGAGCUUAAAGAGCUUUUAGCGGAAACUGAUACUUGUAAUGACUCUAGCUGUCUUGCUAGAUUUUAUAAAUUUUUUAUACAAUUUAUAGUUAACUGUUUAGUGAUUAUGGCAAUCAUAGGAACUGGUGUUUUAAUAUGGACAUUAUUAAAUUCACAUAAGCCUGAAAAAACAAAUCUUCUUUCUCUAUUAACAAUACCUCUGGUUAUUACAAUAAUUACGAGUAUUUUCCCAGUUAUAAUUUCACAAUUGGUAAAAAUAGAAAAUUAUAAAAAUAAACGAAAUGCUUUAUUUGUUACAAUGAUACGAAUUUAUUCAAUGACUGUGAUAGUAAUUGGGACAUUAUUAGUAUAUUGGCUGUCAUAUGGGAUGAUUAAUUGUUGGCAAACAGAAUUAGCACAAGAAAUAUAUCGACUGAUCAUUUUUGAUUUUUUAAUAUUUAUAAUAGGAAGUUUUAUUGUUGAAGCUGUAUAUUAUUAUAUUUAUUCUAUUGUUUGGAAAAAUAUUGGUGCUCCGAAAUUUGAUAUUGCUAUAAAUACUCUUAAUUUGAUAUAUAAUCAAAUUUUACUAUGGGUUGCACUAUAUUUUAGUCCAUUAUUAUCAAUUGUUAGUGUUGUUAAAAUAUUUUUAACGUUUUAUAUUAAAAAAUAUGGAUUAAUGAGACACUGUGAGCCUCCGGUGACUCCUUGGCGAGCUGCACAAACACAAACAUUAUUUCUCGUUUUAACUUUUCUUGGUAUGACUGGAUCUUUGAUGAUGUUAGGAUAUGUUAUAACUAAUGUAAAAUGUAAUGACUGUGGACCUUUCCAAAAUUAUAAUUACACUUGGGAAGUCAUGGUUGAACAUGUACUGGAGCUUCAGCGUGACAGCAAAACAUGGGAAAUUAUUACUAGCUUAGCUAAACCAGGAGUCGGUGCAGCUAUAUUAAUUGCUAUGAGUGUUACCGUUUAUUGUUUUCGUUCUAAAGCAGAAGCUAGCAAACAAAUGGUGGGAAUUUUACGUGAGAUGCUUGUUCUUCAAUCACGAGAUAAAGACUUUUUGCUCAAUGAAUUUUCCAAAGUAGCCGACGAAAAUUGGUUACAGCGUCGAACGGCUUUUAAUGAAAGCCGUAUCAGUAAUAUUGAUACACCGAAAGAAUGUCCGCAUACAUCUUUUAAAAGUCGUAGUAUAUCAAUGAUUACUAAUGAUGAUAGUACUCGAAAAACCGAAACUUCAGUUAACUCAACACCUAGUUGUUCGAAAAACUAUGUUACAUUUGAUUAUUCUUAAAAAUUUUAUUAAUUUACUUAGAAUACAAGAAUUAAAAUAAAAAUAAAUAAAUAACAAGAA